AGAGCCGUUGAAGUAACAUAGGCUUCCUACAUUUUCUUACCCAACAUUUUUCAAGACAAGUUCAGGACGGAGGACCGGAAGAAGAUUGGUAGGAAAGAGCUCGGCCAUGAAAGUUAGCUGAGUUUAAUUAACUCUGAAACACGGAUAGAGAAGAAAAACAGACAGAACCACCGCCACAUGCUGAAGGGAAGACAAGAAAGACACAAAGGUAAAACAGAGAGGGAUAGGCAUUCAUGAAAAAGCAGGAAAAGGGAGAAGAGGGAAGAGUUUUCUAGUAACAAAAGGGAGGGAGGAGAGGUAAAGGUAGAUACAGUUCUGCGGAAAUUGGUUCAUAAAAGACGAAGAUAUUUGGGGUAGAGAGAGAGAGAGAUCAUGGUAGAGAUGAUGGAGAUAAUGGAGCUGAAGGAGAGGGAUAUAUAUGAAGAUGUGGUGAUAAUAGGGGGUUUGAUUGGGGUGCAAUUUGUAUAUGCAGGGAACUCUGUAUUGCUAAGUUAUCUUAUGUCUACUGGAAUCAGACCUCUCACCAUUGUUAUUUUCUCUGCCUUCUCCACCUUCCUCAUCAUCUCUCCCGUUGCCACUUAUUUCGAAAGGAGCAGAUGGCCCAAGAAAUUCAGCUUCAACUUAAUAACACAGCUGCUUCUGAUCUCUUUUGGAGGGGUAACAUUAUUCCAGACCCUAUUUCUAAAGGGGAUAAAGCUAACUUCAGCAGCAACUGCAACCGCCAUGCCAAACCUUGCUCCAGGAUUUAUCUUUGUCAUUGCAUGGACAUUCAGACUGGAGAAGGUAAAACUCAGCUGCGUGUACAGCAAAGUCAAGAUUAUAGGCACGUUGCUGUGUGUUGUAGGUGCUCUCACAAUGAGCAUAAUGCAUAGCACCGGGGUUACAGCAAGAGAGGCUGAACUAAAACAUCCCUUUCCUGAUAUUGCCUUUGACACACAAAAGAUCAUAGGCUGCCUCUACCUCAUUGCAGCAGUUUUGGCUUUAUCCAGCAAUGUUGUAUUGCAGGCUAAAACAUUGAGUGAUUUUCCAGCACCAAUGUCAUUGUGUGCAAUUACAUCCUUGAUGGGUAUGGUUAUGACUGCAGUUGUCCAACUAAUUCAAGAUCACAGAAUUGAUAUUGGUUGGCCACUUGUGAAUAUUAGAGACUUGAUUGCCUUUUCUCUACUGGGAGGUUUUCUGAGUGGAGUAUGUGUAAGCUUCAACGGAUGGGCAAUGAAAAAAAGAGGGCCAGUCUUUGUUUCCACGUUUAGCCCCAUUAGUACAGUCUGCUCAGUCAUUCUCUCUAUGGCCACCUUAGGAGACACCAUUAAUAUUGGAAGCCUUAUUGGCAUGUUCCUUAUGUUCACUGGCCUUUAUUUUGUGCUUUGGGCUAAAGGGAAGGAAGGUUACUAUGCAGCAUAUGACAUAGAAAGUGAGUUCAAUGCAGAGAAGCCUCUCCUCUCUUAAGUUAGUAUGUCAUUAGCAAAUAUGUAAUUUUGUUCAUCUUUAGAUGUAGAAGGAAAAUGAAAAGUAAGCAAGAAAGACAACAGUAUUUUUUAAGAUUUUUGAUUAAUGCAAACAACAGUGUCUUUCUUAAAAGAUAUCAAAUUAGAGCAAGCAUCGGAUAAUGCUUAACAAUGUUCAAAGUAGCAUAAGUUCCACCAUUUUUUAAAUGUUUUUGCAGAAUUAUGAUGAGCUUUGCCUUGUUCCGGUUA